CCCAUUUGCCUCCUCCUGGGCUCGCACUCCCUCUCCUCUCCUCGCCUCACCUCGCCCUGUGUCACUCCGAGCAGAACCACACACACAAAAAGCAGGUCAGCAAACAGCUCCAGUUGCCACCUGCACUCAUGUUCCAGAGACACUCCUAAAAACUCAUUUGUUGUCCCAUUUUUUUCUUUUUUUUAACCAUGAAGUGCUUUCCAGUCAUGAAUCUAUUCUUUUCAAAGACUCAAUUCCAUAUCAACAAGCUUUCCAAGGAACUGUUUGUGCCUUGAUCAGUGGCUGCUGAAGAUAUAUCAAUUUUUUUUCUGUUUCAGCUGUUUUUCUUUUUUUUUUAAAUCGACUGUUUAAAAUUUUUAUAUUUUGCAAAUUUUGGCCCUUUCCAUGUGUGAGAUACACCUGUAGAGAGGUUUUUUCUAGCCACCAACCCAUCCAAUUUAAUUUUCUUGACCAUCAUAGAUAGACAAUUACCUUUCUUCUGUUUUGAGCCCUGCAAAACAUUCAACCGUCACACGGUACCAGAUUUUUCAGCCGGCGUUGCUCUCUGUUUCAAACAAAAUGUGGUCAACCUUUUUCGUGACGGACGAGGAGGGCCGCACUGUGGUCCCAGGAGCAGCGGGAGCGCCUGGAAUGGUCGCACCUGGAGGACCACCACAAGCAGCGGGGGGGCUGGCCACCUUAAUGGGCGGACGCAGCACCUUUGCCGGGAGCAAGAGGCGAAGGACGACAUCAACUGGACGUGGCAUGAGUGAAGCCCAAGAGGGAAAGAUCAAGCUGGCCUUUUUUGUGGCCAUAGUGGGUGUCGUCCUGACAGUCCUUGGAGUUGGGACAGAAUUCUGGGUGGAGCUUGCACCCUCAAAGAAUUUUUAUAACAAUCUGACUUGUCUGACAGCUCACUACGGUCUGUGGAAGGGCUGCACCAAGACCCUGUGGGUGGCUGAUAUCGACCCAGAACGUGAGAGCUGUGGACCCGCGGAGCUUCCUGGAGAAUCCAACUGCACCUACUUCAAAUUUUUCACCACGGGGGAAAAUACUGUCUUGUUUCAGAAGACAACAGAGAAGAAUUUAAACGUGGCUGCAGCAAUGUUAGCCAUGUUCAGCCUUUUCCUGAUGGUGAUGGGGGCCAUCUGCAUCACCAUGUCUCUCAGUAAAGAGAUCCUGUUCUUCCUGAAGCCAGCGUCGAUAUGCUUUAUUCUGUCAGGCGUACUUGUGCUCCUGUCUCUCAUGGUUUUCCACCAGUCUGUCCUGUCCUUCUUGGCCAGCGACCACACGGUCCCGCUCCACCAUGAGCUCUCCUGGUCCGUGUCGUGCAUCGGUUGUGCCGGCGCGGUUCUCAUUGUGGGCGGAAUCCUCUUCCUGCUGCUGGCGCUGCCCUGUAGCCCUUGGCAGAAGUGUCUCCCUCACAAGGAAGACAACAGUUAAUGGCUUUGAGGUGAUAAUUUGUGCACUUUAUCUGCCCCGAGCGACAAGAAGGAGGGGGCGGAGAGGUGAGGAUGUUUCCCUGACAUAGCCAAGCAAAAAGAUCACCUAUCUAUUCACCAUUUAGGAAUCUAAAUCAGUGGAUUUACUAAGAUGUUUGGUGUUUAGUUCAUCAAAUAUACUUAUGGGUCUUUGACUUAGACUUUGGUUUCAGAUCAGUCAAAUUCAAGGUAAAUAUUGUUGCCGCUCUUGUAAGUAAAAUACCAUUAUAAUAUUUCAAAGGUAAUCAUUAUUUAACUGCUUGAAAUAUACAUUCAUAAACCUACCUAAAGACAGAAAAUCCAGAUUCUGUGGAGGAAAUUUUGAGACGUUACAAAUGGUCAUAGUGUACAGAAAAACUGUGUCACUACGCAAAGCACAACUUUCUGUAUCCUUAUUAUUCUCUAUUUGAGUUCUGCACGGCUGCAACAAAACCAUUUAGGACUUUGCAUUGUUUUCCAGAGAAGGUGGCAGAAAAAAAUAAAUAAAAAAAUACAUGGGGAAGUAAUAUGUGAAGAGAAUCGGAGUGGAUUGAAAUGGCAAGCAAAACCGCAGCAUCAUCUGCCACCGCUGCCAGCGGAGAAACGACGGCUCCAGUCAAACCAAUUAGCCUCGCCAUGCCUUAGCAUCAAACAUGAUCAAAGGGGACAUUAUUAUUUGCCGCAUAAAAAAACAAGAUAUGUUGUGGUCAAUGAACAAAGCAGCAUUUAAAACAUAGCAACCAAUUUAUUUAGGCACAGAUCACAAAAUUAGGUCCUCCACUUUGGUGCUUACUAUGUAUUAUUUGCUUUGUAUUUAUGAGACUGCUGUAUUAGCAUGUCAUAUAACUGGAUAGGGAAAUAUAUGCAAUAUAUGGCAAUGCAAACAUGCAGAGAAAGCAAUUAGAUGAAAAACUUCCAAUAAGAAAAUAAACAGUUUUUUACCAGGUUGAGUUCUGAAGCCAGUCGUUGUCCAUGCCACUGUUUCCUUCAGCCUCAUCACCUAUGUUGGCAUCUGUAAUCCUCUGUUUAAUCUUCAUCGUUUUCAUGCUCAGAUCAUUGAUGUUUCUCCAGCAAAUGUUGUUCAGAUCAGAUGGAAAUGUCUUAGAAUCCACAUCUGCAAUCUAUCAAAAGUCCCUCGUCAAACCUAGAUUUGACCAAAGCCAGCAGAUCACAUUGAAACUUGCUUCCUUGUGGUGACCACAAUAGGUAACCACUCCCCUUCGCCAUCUAAGUUUAGUCCUUCUCACCUGCUGCCACAACAGAUGAACUGGAUGCUUACUAUGUGAUCAAAAAGGAUGCUUUUGAUUGGUUUUAGUAUGGCUUUGAAAAGCUUUGUGUUUUGAAUUAAUCAUUUAUUGUAGAUUCCAAUUUUUUCAUAUUUAGCAAUUUUUUAUCCUACAGCUAUUUAAAAGGAAAUGAACAACUGCCCAGUUAAAAAAAAUCUAAACAUAAUUCAAGAUUUUGAUUAAUAGAAAAUUUCAUGUCAGCUCUAUAUUUAUGUAUAAAACUACAUAAUUAGAAAUAACACUAUUUUACAGGCAAAUAAAUAAUUUGCUAAUAGGACAAAUAGUAAAUAUUAAUUUGAAAUGCAUUCUUUGUUUUGUACAGAAUAUGGUGAUCUUUAUGACUGGAUUUGUGUGGGAAACAUGUCUAUAUUGUCUUACUUAUAAACCUGCAAGGUUUGGAGGCAAUGCACUGUUAUUAUGUUCCAUUACUUAACAAUAAAUGGUUUCUGGAACUUUGGCAAUCUCUAAGACUUUAUGAUUCAGUCUUAUUAUAUAUAAAACUAAAACGGCAAACUUCAAUUCACACAAUCCUGUUUUGAAAGUUUUGCUCCCAGUUUUCAUAAAACAUUGUUGUUCAGCUACAACUAAUUGUUUUCUUUAAAUGCAUACAGCUAAAUUGUUAAAUAUGCGUUCAGUAAAAAUAUUUGGCUUGGGCAUCCAUGUCGGCUUUAGCGCAUUCAUUUGAACUUGAAUUCUGUUAUUUCCUUUGUCUGGUCUUCACUCUUGCCUCAUCCUGUCAUAUGAAAUAAUCUGUAUGUAUGAUCACUAGAUACACAAAAACUUCCCUCCUGGAACAAACAGUAUAUUGACCUCCGAACUGAGAACCUCAGUUAGAAAACCCUUUUUCAUUCUUUCCAGCUGAUGAGAGAAAGAAAAGCUGUUUUCUGUGUACUUCUUCAUUUUUGCUGUGUUACCUUUUGUUUGUGUAUACUUUAUGCGUCGUUGAUGAAUAUCGGAGCAUAGGUCAACAGCAACAGUAAAAACAACUGACUGAUAAAUUUAACAUUGAUCAUCCACUUGUCAUGCAACCUUCAAUUUUGUGUUGUUCCUUUACCAACAUGUCUUACUAAAAAAAGUAAUUGUAUGAAAAAGAACGACUCUGCCUGCAUGCUCAAACAAAUCAAGCUACGAAUGUGAUGAGCACAAGGCAUUGAUCACAGCCUGAAAAAACAAACAAACAUAAUUUACACAAAUAAUAUGAAAAGAGUUUUAUUGUUUUGGCUUAUUAUACCUAUGUUAUAGCUAUAUGGCUUGCAUUUUCAGGCUCAUGAAUACUUGCUUAGUUUGCAGUCUUUUGAUUUGCUUUUUACCGUGUUGUUUGCUUUUUCACUGUUCUGUACAGGAUAACUAAUGUUACAUAUGUUAGUACGGUACAAAAUUCCCAGUACAGGGAAUUUGAUCAGGCAAAGAAAAUGCUACUGACGUUCAAAAGAGGAUCCAAACAAUAGGUUUUUAUUGCUUUGUGUUAUGAGCCACAAGCGAUAAUGACAAUCCAGCAGUGUCUAAAGCCCUCCCCAUCAAGUUAAUGCAAAACUGAGUUAAAAGGUAUUUGAUACUUGGGUAAGCAUCAAAAAGGGUAAGUAGUGAUUGUAUGGUAAGCCAAACGAGUCACAUUUCAAUCCCUGGUUGUGUCUCAUAAACCUUAUUAGAUACUACUCCGGGUUCAGCACUGCCUUUUAAUUUGCACGAGGUCCAAGCCAAUCUAAUUAAAACUAUUUUUCUCUAUUGUAAUAUUAAGACAUGAAGUAUCAAGGUAUGGACUAGAUGUGUACACUCUUAGUUAUUGUUCUUUUUAGUUAUGUUUCUGAUAGACCAUUCUCACCUUGCUGUACAUGGGACCUGCGCCUACUCUGUCAGUAUUAAAAAACAGAAAAAGAAAAUGUGGAAUUUGUUUGCUUCUAGCUGUUGUAUCAAAUCAAACAUAAUUCUGGUAUCAAAACGUAGAAAUGCACCACUAUAAUGCACAACUAUAUAUGUACACGCCUACUACACACUUGCUAUGGAUAUUCAGUCUCCUACCAGCCAACCUCCAAGUAGUCCUGCAAUAUUCACAGUCUGACAGUUUUCUUAUUUUGCUUCAUAAACAAAAUAUAUCAUUGAAGCCAGUAAGUAGUAAACAGCUUAAUUUAUUUAAAGGUAUUUUGUACAGUUAUACUGAUGCUUAAUGUUCAUUUCUUUUGCUUUUCAAUCCGCCAAACCCUGCACUGUAUGGUAACCAUCACAAUAAGAACACCCAUUUUUAAAUGAGACGUGGGACAUAUACAAAAACAUUGUCACAAGGAGAUGAAUCAAAAUAUUGUUAAAUGCUGAUUAUGUGGAAAUUGUGAUAUGUUGCCAUGUUUUUUAACUAUGCUUCUUUGUUUUCUGAUGAUUUUGUCGUUAGAGCACAUCCUUCUCAGUGCCUGUAUGGAGAGUGCAAAAAUUCUGCACCUUUUGUGAUCUGAAUCAAUUGAGUAUAAAUGAGUUCAUUUUAUUAUUAAACAUGACAUGAAUAAUUAA